AUAGAAGGGGAGUAGAGAAGGGGACAGAAGAAGGAACGCAGCAAGUGGGACAGGCAGCAAGGAAACGGCCCAGAGACUCGCACAAGGAACACGUUAAGCAAACUGUCCAUAAUAAUCUCUCUAUUCCACAGAGAUGGCGGGAAUGAAUAGCAGAUGUCUGUGUUUGUUGCUUAUCACAGUUUUGGCUCUUGCGCUGCCAGCUCUGGGAAAUGUGAUGAGCCGGAGAGACACCGACGAUGACACUGUUGAUCCGUCACCAGACACAGAUUCUGAAAGUAAAGUCACAGCUGCCCCCGGCGACUGUAGAGAGGUCCAGUAUCCCUGCACCCGGAUGUACUCUGUACAGAAACCCGUCAAACAGUGUAUCAGCUACUUGUGUGUCACCAGUGUGCGACGUGUGUACAUGGUGAAUAAGGAGAUCUGCACACGCAUUAUGUGCAAAGAAGAUGAGAUCAUUCAAGACGAGAAGUGCCGCCAACUAGCCGGGCUCCCACCUCGCCCACCUGAGCCCCAAGCUGUUCCUACAGAGAGCACAGGAAAUUAAGACUUAAUUAAAGAUCACUUCAGUUAUAACCCCCAAUAUUAUCCGCACCAAUUGUGCGCCCCAAUCUCCGGAACACGGAAUUUAGACCAAUACUGUAACACUUACACUCCCUUAUUCCCAUUACCCAGUCACACACACAACCCUUAUAUGGAUUCAAAUUGGUUACUUGGGAAAUAUAGCUACAUGGCAUUGGAAGGAGGGAUAUGAGAUUUCAUGGGUACCAAUGCCAGGGUGGAGGGGCUUAGUGUUGAGCAUGGCAUAUCCAUAGGGAUGGUUGAGCACUAUGUACGACAAGGCAUUUUCCUUUACUAUAUUUGGGCCUCUGUUUCCCAACUUAUGUAAUGAUGUAAUAAUUGCAAUAUAAAGACAUUUAUGGAACCUCA